AUGGUCGCCGCCCUCCGAACUGCUGCUGCCUCGCUCGUGCGCGCCCGCGCUCCUCUGGCCCUCGCCCGUGCUGCGCCUGUCGCCCGCGCUGCUGCCGUCGCCCCGCGCUUCACCCCCGUGCGCUUCUACGCUGCGUCGGCUGGCCUCUCCAAGUCCGACAUCGAGUCGCGCAUCGUCGACGUGCUCAAGACCUUCGAGAAGGUCGACCCCAGCAAGGUCGCGACCACUGCCUCGUUCACCACUGACCUCGGCUUGGAUUCGCUCGACGCCGUUGAGGUCGUCAUGGCCAUCGAGGAAGAGUUCUCGAUCGAGAUCCCCGACGAGGAGGCCGACAACAUCACCACCGUGCAACAAGCCAUCGACUACAUUGCCAAGUCGCCCGAAGCCAACUAA